ACGCGCCUUGAGUCCUCCCGCAACAUCCUCUUCGAGAAGUUGGAGUCACGAGAGACUCGAGCGAGCGUUGAUCGACGCGAGAAACAUUCACCUCAACACCGCCUUCGGUGUAAACUAGUCUGCUUUUGUCCUGCGUGUUAUCGGGUUUUAUCAAAACGGUUGUGCUUCCUUGAGCUGUAACACACACCCCUCCUGUGAGGAGUAGACAGAUCUCGAGCAGGAGUUUGGUCAUCAGCAUCCGCUUCGCCUUUUUACCGUGUGCUAGCUACUUAUCCGCCUCCACCUUUAUGGAUUUUAUUUUAAAUUAGAUUAUUUUAAAACGACCCAUUUUAAUAAUCGAGCCUUGUUUGACCGCGGUAUUGUCUUUUAUCAGAGGGACUUGCGAAAUAUAAAGGACAAAACACAUGUAGCCGCUGAGAAGCUAGCCGAGGAAGUGGACUGUUACUUUUCCAUCCUUGUAUGGUGGACGGAGUCGCAUUGAAUGAUUCAUUUGUAGACGUACAGUUAUGGAAAUGCUAAAUGUCACAUAAGGGCUGAUGUCUGGCACUUUCCGAGAGAUUUAUAGCUUCGCUGUCAUCCUCAGAAUCAAUUCGAGGUGUCUGUAACUGAACAGUUAAAAGAGUUAGCUGGGGGUUUGACCAUCCACAGCUAGCCCAUUAGCCAACUCCACCAAGUGAUUAGGUUGUUAGUUUAUGUGUCUUCAGUUAAUUAUUUUCAACUGCAAACACUUUUAUUGCGUUUUAGACGAUGUCCUUUUUCAAUUUUCGGAAAAUUUUUAAGAUAGGUACGGAGAAGAAGAAGAAACAGUAUGAGCACGUUCACAGAGACGUCAAUCCUGAAGAGGAGUGGGAGAUCGUGGGAGAACUUGGGGAUGGAGCCUUUGGGAAAGUCUACAAGGCUCAGAACAAGCAGACCGGGAUCCUGGCUGCAGCUAAAGUGAUCGAUACCAAAACAGAAGAGGAGCUAGAGGACUACAUGGUGGAGAUUGAGAUCCUCGCCUCCUGUGACCAUCAGUACAUUGUCAAACUGCUGGAUGCCUUCUAUUAUGAGAACAAAUUAUGGAUUCUCAUUGAGUUUUGUGCCGGAGGGGCAGUGGAUGCUGUUAUGUUGGAGCUGGAGCGGCCACUAACAGAGCCUCAGAUCCAGGUUGUGUGUAAACAGAUGCUGGAGGCACUGACUUACCUCCAUGAGAAUAAGAUUAUUCACAGGGACCUGAAGGCUGGAAAUAUUCUUUUUACUGCAGAUGGGGACAUCAAAUUGGCUGACUUUGGAGUGUCUGCAAAGAAUACAAAGACCCUACAGAGAAGGGACUCUUUCAUUGGAACUCCAUACUGGAUGGCACCCGAGGUGGUGAUGUGCGAGACAUCGAAGGACAGGCCGUAUGACUACAAAGCGGACAUCUGGUCCCUUGGGAUCACUCUGAUCGAGCUGGCACAGAUUGAGCCGCCCAACCACGAGAUGAACCCAAUGAGAGUCCUGCUAAAAAUAGCAAAGUCUGAGCCCCCCACUCUUGCAGCUCCAUCACGAUGGUCCCCAGAGUUCCGUGAUUUUCUAAGGAAGGCGCUGGAUAAGAAUGUGGACAACAGGUGGAACUCUGUACAGCUCCUACAACAUCCAUUUAUUUUGAACGUAGUUGAUAACAAACCAUUGCGAGAGCUGAUUGCUGAAGCCAAAGCAGAAGUGGUUGAGGAGUUUGACGAUGGAAAAGAAGAAGAGGAGGAAGAAGAACCUGAGGCUCAGCUGGCAGUGCCUGGUCACAAACGUGCAUUGUCGGACACCAGCGUCGGCAGCUCAGAGGAUGAAAGACAGUACCAGAGCACACCAACUCUUGAGUCGGUCACAGAGAGGGCUGAACCUGAGCGAAAACACAGUUCAGAGGACCAGGCUAGUGACAAGACAUCAGACAUGGUGGUGGACACCAGUGAGCCCUGUCAUACGGAGUAUGAGAUGAUGAACGGGGCUAGUGUGUCAGAUGCAAGCACUGAAGACUCACGUUCUGGUGAAGAGGCCAUACCAAAAGAAGAUUUGCCUAAACAAAUGAUCACCGAAGUAGAGAUUUCUGAUCAGCCAAACAACAUUGAUACUGUCCUCCAAGAGAUUGUUACGGUCAGUGAGGAGACUGGAGAGGAAGAGAAGAAAGAAGUGAAGUUGGAGGAGCCACCACAGAAGAAAGAAGAUCAUGAAGAAAUGGAGCAUGAGAGGUUGAAGGAAACCAAAACACAAAUCACAACAGACAAAACAAAGGAAUCUACUCUGAUUUCACCAGUAGCUGAACCAGAAAACAAACUUGCCAGUGCUAUUGAAGAAGCCAUCACUGAAACACCUGAAAGUAGAGCAGAUGUUUCAGAAAAGGCUGAAGACAAAAUUGAGUGUGAGGAGACAGAUAAGAAAGAACUGGAGGAAGAAGAGAAAUCAGUGACCUCUCCAGAUGUCUAUAUAGAAGAUGUGGAGGAGGUGCGAACAGUAAUCUCUACAGAUGUUCUUACAGAAGAGGUAAAGUUAGAACUCCCUCAACAACCAACACAGGACCAAGCUAAAGCUGAAGACAAGGCUAAGAAAUCAGAACCCAUAGAGGCCAAGCCUGUUGUGCCAGAGAAUAUGCCAUCUGUGACAGAUAAGUCGGUAGAUGUAGUAGAGGAGACCUCUGUGAAUGAAUUGCCUGUCACGGUCAUCAAUGGUCUAAAAGAAGAGAAGGUCAGCGCAAAAGAGGAAACUCAGGAAGCCUUAGAAGACAGACCAGAUGCACAGGAAGCACCUACAGUGGCUGAGAAUGACCCGAAGGCAGAUGAGGUGGUGAAGCCUGAUGUUGAAAAGGAGAAAGAUUCUGACAGUUCUGCUGCAGAUACUAACAGCAUUGACAUCAAUCUGUCAAUCUCUAGCUUCCUAUCCAAAAGCAAGGAGGGAUCUGUUUCUAUACAGGACACCAAGCGGCACAAGAAAACGCUGAAGAAGACCCGCAAGUUUAUGGUUGACGGGGUGGAAGUGAGCGUCACCACAUCCAAGAUUGUCACCGACAAUGACACCAAAAGCGAGGAACUGAGAUUUCUGAGGCGUCAGGAGCUCAGAGAACUGAGGCUGCUGCAAAAAGAGGAGCAAAGAGCUCAACAGCAGCUCAGCAACAAACUCCAACAGCAGAAAGAACAGCUCUUCAGACGCUUUGAACAGGAGAUGAUGGGAAAGAAGCGUCAGUAUGACCAAGAGGUGGAGAACCUUGAGAAACAGCAGAAACAGACCAUAGAACGUCUUGAGCAGGACCACACCAACCGGUUGAGAGAUGAGGCCAAAAGGAUCAAAGCGGAGCAGGACAAGGAGCUCUCCAAGUUCCAGAACAUGCUGAAGAACUGCAAAAAAGAGGUCGAACAAGAGGUUGGACUGUCCCCCAAACACAUAAGAAAAGAGCUCAUGAAACGUGUAAAGGAAGAUCUAGCAGUUGUUCAACACGAAGAGGAGCAAGAGUUUCUCCAGAGGCAGCAGCAGGAGCUGGAUGGAGCUCUGAAGAAGAUCAUUCAGCAGCACAAGCUAGAGAUCGCCACUAUAGAGAGAGACUGUCUCAACCACAAGCAGCAGCUCAUGAGAGCUCGAGAGGCAGCUAUGUGGGAGCUAGAGGAGCGCCACCUGCAGGAAAAACACCAGUUGCUGAAGCAGCAGCUAAAGGACCAGUACUUUAUGCAGAGACAUCAGCUCCUCAAGAGGCAUGACAAGGAGAUGGAGCAGAUGCAGGGUUAUAACCAGCGGCUAAUAGAGGAGAUGAAGAACAGGCAGGCACAAGAAAGAGCUCGGCUGCCGAAGAUCCAGCGCGGCGAAGCAAAGACCCGCAUGGCGAUGUUUAAAAAGAGCCUGCGGAUCACUGGAACAGGAACACCAGAGCAGGACAGAGAGAAGAUCAAACAGUUUGCGGCUCAAGAGGAGAAGAGACAGAAGAAUGAAAGACUUCAUCAGCACCAGAAGCAUGAGAACCAGAUGAGAGACCUUCAGUUACAGUGUGACUCCAACAUCAGAGAACUUCAGCAGAUGCAGAAUGAGAAGUGCCACCUGCUGAUUGAGCAUGAGACUCAGAAGCUGAAGGAGCUGGAUGAGGAACACAGUCAGGAGCUCAAAGACUGGAGGGAGAAGCUUCGGCCAAGAAAGAAGGCUCUGGAGGAGGAGUUCACACGGAAAAUGCAGGAACAAGAAGUCUUCUUCAAGAUGAGUGGAGAGUCUGAAUGUCUCAAUCCCACUGCUCAGAGCAGAGUCUCUAAAUUCUAUCCCAUUCCCAGUGUUCACUCCUCUGGCUCUUAACCU